CAACACCAACACAAUUUAAAAAUAAAAAAUAUAGUUUGUUAGUCUGACGUCACUUCCUGUUACAUUUCGUCCAUCAUCGUUGUAAGCUCCAUUGUUGCUCGCAUAAUUUACGCGAAAUAAAAGUGUUUAUUCAAGUCUCCGAGUGUUUUAAUUAGUGCAGUGAAAGCAGCUCAACCUCAACAUCUACACAUACAGUCCACUAGCCCCAGCUGACAUGGUCCAUCGAGCCAUGGUUUUGUUCUGCGCGACGAAAACCUAUGAUUUGGAGAAGUAACGCUUCGGAAAUUUUGCGCUACAAGCAUCACGAUUUGGAGCAGAGCGACGACACUUCGCAGCGCGACGCAAUAUAUACCAUCUUUAUUGGUACAACGCCUUCCCGCCACGCAAGAAGACGAUCAUAAGAAGAAAUCAAGAAUUUCCAUUUUGGUCGGCUUUGAUUUCAAUUACGCCGCCAUUUUCUCUUGGGGCGCAAGCACGGAACGGCAACGUCGCGCGCGCAAAGGAAGAAAUUUGGAGGGAACGACGACGGGGUCGUCACACGAGGCCACCGGGGAAAAUACUUCACGAGCUUGCCUAGCAAUCGGCGUCCCUGAUUGGCGCUUUACAUUUGACAGCGUCCAAUCACGAUCAACGCGUCCGCUUCACUCUUCCCCAUUCGCAGGUUUAUUUCCCAGAAUCGGCCGAGCCUGCGCGCGUCGUAUGAGUAGUUCAUUCAACCAGCGAGCGCGCAGAAAUCUCACAGCGAGUUUUUACCGCCGACGCCGACGAGUUUUAUUGCAAUUUUCGUUUGUUUACAUUAUAACAAACAGUGAAAAUAACAUUAUUUAGUUAAUUAAUUACAUAGUAAGUGAUUGGUGCUAAGUUUGUGCAAGAUGACGACGACUAGCGAGCUGGUUGCCACGCGAGGAUAUCUCAAAGAUUUGUUCACGAGCCGAGCGUACCAGCUUGAGAGGGACACCCAGCAAGAUCCAACAAUGGACGACUUCCUUGCCUUCCUGACCAAGAGGGCCCUGGCGAUGGAGAAUGCUGAACCAGGUAUUGGCCAGCAGCGGCUGCAGCAGCCCAGAGAUCCAAGGGAGCAGUAUCGAGGUCCAGCAGGCAGAGCAGUAGUUACCAAUGCUACGGCUCAACCACCAGCUUGUCUAUACUGUAAGUUGAAUCACAAAUUAUAUUUAUGUCCCGGUUUCAAAUUAUUACCUGCAAAGAAAAGAGUUCAGUUUGUUAAAGAGAAGAGCCUGUGUAACAUCUGUCUAAGUGCACACACAAGAAAGUGUAGGUACCACUUCCGGUGCACAGAGUGCAAAAUGGCACAUCACACUCUGCUACAUGUCAACACCGACUUACACAAUAGUGAUACCACACCAGUCGUUGCAUCACCUGCCUCUUUGGCAGCGAAUAACUAUAAUGAUGUUCUUUUGCCAACAGCAAAGGUGAAAGUCUUCGCUCGAGAUGGCACUCCAAUUUACCUCAAGGCCCUACUUGACAGUGGGUCCCAGCUGUCUUUCAUAACGGAUAAAGCCGUACAGCUGCUUGACUUGAAGCCCACAGAUAAUAAUGUCAACGUAAUAGGCAUCACCAAUACAAAGGCAAAUGUCAAACGCUGCUUACCUGUGGAUAUUUAUUCAGUGACAAGCCCCUUCAAGGUUUCGACUACCUGCCAUGUUGUGGAGCGUAUAACUUGUCAACUGCCUCAAAAUAGAUUCGAUCUCUCAAGCCUACAUUUGCCGAAACAUAUACGACUAGCAGACGAAACAUUUAACAUUCCCAGUGAAAUUGACUUGCUAAUGGGCGCGGAUGUGGUAUUUCAGGUCCUGCUGCCGACGUCGGAGUCGCCGGAGCCUCCGAGCUUCCAGUUGGCGCCACCGCGUGAGCGUCCGCAGCAUGCAUCCUCUGCCACCGUCCAUCAGCUACGUCUAAUCAACACACACCUGGGCUACAUAGUUGGAGGCAAUUUACCCCAGCUACCUUCGUCUAAUUCUGCUGGUAAAGUUAGUUUACAAUGUUUACAGUGCAACGACGAAAUCUCUAGUAACUUAAAUAAGUUAUGGAAAACUGAAAGUGUUCCUGAAACUUUUAUUGAAACAUCUUCAGAGCAUGAGCUCUGCGAAUCUAUAUUUAAAGACACUGUACAGUUGAAAGAGAAUCGUUUUGUAGUUGCACUGCCACUUAAACUGCCUCUAGAAGAAAUUAAUGACGCUUUAGGGGACUCUUUCCAUUUUGCAUACAAGCGGUUUCUCAAUUUGGAAAAGAAGUUACAUAAAAACCCAGAUCUUUUCUCUGAAUAUCAAAAAUUCAUACAUGAAUACUUGAAUCUUAAUCAUGGCCACUAUGUUGAUAUAGAAACGAUGCAAUUAAAUAAGGAAGCAACAUAUUUUUUGCCGCACCACGCAGUACUUAAACCUGAUAGCAAAACUACUAAGCUGCGCACAGUCUUUGAUGGGUCUAUGAAGACUAGUUUGAAAGUCUCGCUCAACGAUUUACUUUUAAAUGGGCCGACAGUUCAAAGGGAUCUUUUUGAUAUUUUACUCUCCUUUCGAUUUGGUACUUUCACCUUCACUACCGACAUAAAACAAAUGUUUCGAAAUGUGAAUCUAGUCUCUGACCAUACUUCAUUACAGAACAUCCUAUGGCGCGACCACCCAGACGAGACCAUCAAGUGCAUAAGACUGACCACUGUGACUUACGGCCUGAAGAGUUCGAGUUAUCUCGCGACACGAUGUCUCAAGGAGCUCGCACUGCGACAUGAAUGCGACCUGCCACUGGCAUCAUUCAUAAUCAGUAACUCCACUUACGUAGAUGACGUACUAUACUCACACAAUGACUUAAACACCAUUCUAGAAGCCAAGUCACAACUCCGUCAGCUAUUACAGCUCGGCAGCUUCCAGACCCAUAAGUGGUCAUCCAAUGACAGUAGAGUGAUCGAUGACAUUCCUAUGACUGAACAACACUUUGACGACCUUGACCUCGAACAAGACGACUGUAGUUUGAAGGCGUUAGGUUUGCAAUUAGUCGUCAAAAAUGACCAAUUCAAAAUUACUUGUCCAGAGCCCUUUCAUAGUGAUAAGAUCACUAAAAGAGAUAUCUUGUCCUACAUAGGAAAGUUUUACGACCCACUAGGUUUUGUUAGUCCUGUUGUGGUACAGGCCAAAGCUAUCAUGCAGAAAUUAUGGUCUUCCAAGACAGACUGGGAUUCCACGCCUGAUGACGACAUUAGGAAAGAAUGGCUCGAGUUUUCUUCCAGUCUUGCCGAGAUGAAACCAAUUUUUAUUAACAGAAACAUCUCUGUAUCAGAUGACGACAUUGUGGAACUUAUAGGUUUUUCAGAUGCUUCCAGCACGACGGCGUAUGGCUGCUGUGUCUACUUACGUGUUACCCAUCCAUCAGGCGACGUAGAUGUACGUUUACUUUGCUCCAAGUCUCGUAUCAAUCCCCUGCAGAACAAGGGUAUGACAGUCCCGCGUUUAGAGCUGAAUGCCGCGCUGCUUCUCUCCAUGCUUAUUUCCAAGGUGCGGGCUACGCUGAAUUUAAAAAUCAAAAUAAGCAAUGUUUACUUAUUUACAGACUCGCAAAUCGUACUCGCAUGGUUACACACGCAACCCAUAAAGCUCACGGCUUACGUCGCGAAUCGUGUGAAGGCUAUUACUAACAAUACAGCUGAUUGUCGUUGGCUUUACGUCAACACGAAAGACAACCCGGCUGACUACAUAAGCAGAGGAGUACGUCCACAAGAACUUGCUGACUGCGCUAUGUGGUGGUGUGGGCCGGCUAUGUUGCAUGAUCCUGGUUUUUGUUUUGAUGUCGGUUUCAGCUUACCUUCAGACAUUCCAGAGACGAAGGUUGGUCCAGCAUUCUCCAUCAGUCAGGCAGUCUCUACAGGGGUCGUUACUAAUACUGUUUUUCAACAGCUUCACAAACAUUCUAGUAUUUCUAAAAUGGUUCGUAUAAUGGCUUACGUUAUGAGAUUUAUUAAUAAUUUAAAAUCUCACAAAGUCACACGCAAGUUCCUUUCUAGCACAGAAUUAAAUUCUGCUCUAAUGUUGCUUGUCAGACAUGAACAAGAAGUUCAUUUCAGUGAGGAAAUGUCAUGUAUUAAUAAUAAUAAACCUGUUAAAGGUCCCUUGCACAGCUUACAUCCAUUCAUUGAUAACAUGGGCAUUUUGCGCGUAGGUGGUAGGCUACAUCAUUCUAAUAUACCAUACCUGCAAAAACAUCAGGCUAUUCUACCUAAAAAUUCGCAUGUUACCAAGUGCAUUGUUAUAAGUGAGCAUGAAAGGCUGCUCCAUGCAGGGCCUAAACUUUUAUUGACUAAUUUAAACCAAAAAUUUUGGAUAACAAAUGGCUUAAUGUUUGUAAAAAGUAUAACGCAUAAAUGCAUUGUAUGUUUCAGACAAAAGGCUACAGCUUCGAAGCAGUUGAUGGGCUCCCUGCCGGCCGGAAGGGUAACUGCUACAAGUCGCCCUUUCGAGAAGGUUGGAGUAGAUUUCGCUGGGCCUAUAGAUGUCAAACUCUCACGUGUGAGACGGUCGGUCACGGGCAAGGGGUAUAUUUGUGUUUACGUUUGUUUCGCCACUAAGGCAGUUCAUUUAGAGCUAGCGUCCGACCUCACAACUGAUACCUACCUAGCAUGUCUAAGACGAUUCGUUUCUAGAAGGGGACUGCCCAGUGAAAUAUACUCCGACAACGCCAGCACCUUCAAGGGGGCACAGAGCCAGUUAACUGAACUGUAUGCCUUGCAGUCCUCUCGGGACCACCAAGGGAAAGUGCAUGAUUAUUCAGCUCAACAUGGAAUCGAUUUUCAUUUUAUUCCUAGCUACUCACCUACCUUUGGUGGCCUCUGGGAGGCUGCCGUUAAAAGUACAAAGUACCACCUUAAGAGAGUAGUACAAGGUCAUUUAUUAACAUAUGAACAGAUCAAUACUAUUCUAGUAGAAAUUGAAUGUAUCUUAAAUUCGAGGCCUCUUGUCCCUUUAUCCAGUAGCGAUGUUAACGAUUACAGUUAUCUUACUCCUGGCCACUUUAUAAUUGGUAAUGCAUUAACUAUGUACCCAGAAAAGGAUGUAUCGAAUGUACCUCAAAAUAGAUUAAAAUUUUGGCAACUAUGUACUCAUGUAAAACAAUCUUUUUGGAAAAUGUGGCACAAGGAUUACCUUAAUCUCUUGCAAAAUAGACCUAAGUGGUUAGAUAUUUCUCCUAAUAUAAAAUUAGGGUCUCUUGUUAUUUUGAAGGAGGAUAAUGUUCCCACCAUGGAGUGGAAAAUGGCUAGAGUUGUAAAACUUGUACCUGGUCAUGACGGCCACGUGCGCGCUGUAGAAGUCAAGACUUCCAAUGGUCAUACUCAUGUGCGCUCCAUUGUGAAAGUGUGUGUCUUGCCCAUAGAUGACUAAUAGUGUUAUAAGAUUACUUACAGUUUACAGAUUUACAAUUUACUUUAUUUACCUUUUGUACUAGGGGCAAUACAUAUACUCUAUGUGUACUCUUUAUUUGGUUUGAUAUGCCAAGAUUUUAUGUGUAUUUCUUUUCGUUGUGUAAAAUGUAUACUUACCAAAACUUAAUUAUAAGUAAAACUCUUUUAUUUGAUGUUUAAGCUUUAUAUAAACCACAUACUUACGAACUUAGUUUUAAGGUGUGUUCCAAUUUAUAAUUAUUGAUUUAAAAUAAGGCUUAACUUCGUUAUUACUUGUAACUUAUUUUUAUGCAUACAUUAGUACUUGUGUGUUUCCCUUUAGCACAUAAUUUGUAGCCUUACGCAUGUUAGGUAACUUAGGUUUUAACUUAAAUGUUUUUUAUGACUUAGAAGUGUAUUUGUGAUAGGUCAAAUUUAGAUAUUUUCAACCUAAGUUCUUUGUGAUAGACUUAGCUAUAUCUUAAUGGCACUUAGUUCUUUUGUGAGGCCGCAACAUGUUGGCAACACCAACACAAUUUAAAAAUAAAAAAUAUAGUUUGUUAGUCUGACGUCACUUCCUGUUACAUUUCGUCCAUCAUCGUUGUAAGCUCCAUUGUUGCUCGCAUAAUUUACGCGAAAUAAAAGUGUUUAUUCAAGUC